CUUUCGCACUUCCAACAAACCAUCUAUCCUAACCAUCUCAGUCCCUACCCAUUAUGAAGGUACUUGCAAUAUCAACCCUCUGCUCCCUGGUGCUCGCCUCCGCCGUGCCCCUCACCACCAAAUCCACGGCCCUCGGAGUAGCCCUCGCAGCAGCACAAAAAUCAUGUCAAACGCCCGGAGGUAUCCAGAUCGCGAACCUCGCGUGUCGGAAUACUUGUAUUGCCCAAGGCGGAGGCUGGACCGGGGGGUUUUGUGACGACCAGGGGAUCUGUCACUGUACCUUUCACGAUUCGGAUGAUGGUGAUGAUGAUGAUGAUGAUGAUGGUGGUGGGAACGGUGGGGAUAAUGAACAAGCCGAACAUAAUGAAGCCCCGGCAGGAUGA